CGCGCGGCGCUGUGGGAAGGCGCCGUCCCUGCCCCCCUCCGCGCUCCCCCGGGGCGCAUGCGCGGUGCCCGCCUCCCCUCGCCCUCCCCCGGCAGCGCCGGAGCCCCAGCAGCCCGAGCGGCCGCGGCCGAGGACGAUGAGGGGGGGGGCGGCGGCGCCGGCGGGGCCCGGGAUUCGCACCCCUUGAACGGGCCGGGGCAGCCGCUGCGGGGCGCCCCGACUUUACCCUCCCCCUCCUCCCCCCGAGGAGUUCAUUCCCCCCCCUCGUUCCAUUCCCGUUGGCGCAGGGAGAGCAGAGCCCGGCGGGGGAGCGGCCGGGCAGCCCCCGCGCCCCCUCCUCCUCCUUCUUCUCCUCCUCCCCCUUUAUUACCCUUUGUGUGCGGCUCCGCCUGCGCCGCUCCGGGGCCGGCCGGGAGCCCGGGGGGCCCUGAGUUCCUUAUUGACGAUGGUGGUCAUUGGAGGCUUAACUAUUGAGGAAUAUAUCAUUUCCAGACAAGAUCUUUGAAAUCUGUUUCCUUCAGGCAGCAAAGAUGUAACGUGGGGUGUGAGAGUUCCUCAGAUGAGGAGAGCGAGACAAGGAGCCAGCCUCGAUGGACGUAGCCCACUCUCAAGAUCUAAACAGGAGACUCUAAAGCAAAGCUGAAAGCGCGUCAAGAAUUUUAAGGAGCCUAAAGAUCCCCAAGAUAACUUGAAGCAAGACCAUGAGGAGUAAUGUAGCUUGGAAUCAACAAGAUGAACGUAUCCACCUUCGAUCUAACACUUAAUGAGGAAAAAGGCUGUUUUGUUGGAGCCAGGGAGUCAUGAAAGAAACUCAAGAAGACAACUUGGAUAACGAACGGAAGAUAAAAAGAAAACAAAAAGAAUGUGGCAUAUAAAGGGUAGAAUACCUGGAGGUAUUAGAUCUGACUCAUAUUUAUAAAAAUGAGACGAGCUUUCACAAAAUACAAGCUUUAUUAGACAGUCAUCAAGCUUGGAGCCAUGCUGUUGAACUAGAAAUUCUCCUUUUCCCCCUUCUCCUUUCUGACAGGUAACAAAGGAUUGGUGAAUUAUGAUUUUCCCAAGUUGGAAGCACUAAUUUUUAUCUAUAUAGUUUAUCCUUAUGAAUAUAUAAGGAGUUAAACAUUGCAUAUUUAAUGUGGAUUAUAAUGGGAAACUGACUCAUUAACAAAAAUGGCCACUUUUAAGGACUUGGUUUCAAACUGAGCUGGAGCCUCCCGAUGCACUUUGUACAAUUUGGGGAAAACGUGUUCUGAAUGGCCUUCUCUGGGAGGCCAUGAUGACGUGUCGUAAAAGGAUAUCAUCUCACUGUUGAUAUCUUUGAAGACUCGUAAACAGAAACAGGAAAAUGAAUGGUGGAAAGGAGUGUGACGGAGGGGACACGGAUGGAGGGCCGCCAGCAGUGCAGGUUCCCGUUGGUUGGCAGCGGCGGGUGGACCAAAGCGGAGUGCUCUAUAUCAGUCCCAGUGGGUCUUUAUUAUCCUGCUUGGAGCAGGUGAAGACUUACUUGCUGACUGAUGGAACAUGCAAGUGUGGCCUAGAAUGUCCUCUUGUUCUUCCCAAGGUCUUUAAUUUUGAUCCUGGAGCUGCUGUGAAGCAAAGAACCGCUGAAGAUGUUAAAGCGGACGAAGAUGUCACCAAACUAUGCAUACAUAAAAGGAAAAUUAUUGCUGUGGCUACACUUCAUAAAAGCAUGGAAGCACCGCAUCCUUCACUAGUUCUGACUAGUCCUGGCGGUGGAACAAGUGCAACUCCGGUAGUUCCUACUCGAGCAGCAACUCCAAGAUCAAUGAGGACUAAAUCGCAUGAAGGAAUUACAAAUUCUGUGAUGCCAGAAUGUAAGACUCCUUUCAAGUUGAUGAUAGGACCAUCUAAUGCCAUGGGUAGGCUCUACGUGCAAGAAAUGGCUGGAAGCCAGCAACAAGAACUUCAUUCUGUCUAUCCUAGGCAGAGAUUGGGUAGUAAUGAACUCGGACAGAAGUCUCCGUAUCGUGGCAGUCAUGGUGGGAUGCCCAGUCCAGCUUCAUCAGGAUCGCAGAUAUACGGAGACGGCUCAAUCUCUCCUAGGACUGACCCACUUGGAAGCCCUGAUGUUUUCACAAGGAACAAUCCCAGUUUUCAUGGAGCACCCAAUUCUAGUCCUAUUCACAUGAACAGGACGCCUCUGUCUCCACCCUCGGUAAUGCUACAUGGGUCUCCCAUACAGUCAUCCUGUGCAAUGGCUGGAAGGACUAAUAUACCUCUUUCCCCAACCUUGACCACAAAAAGCCCAGUAAUGAAAAAACCCAUGUGUAAUUUUUCAACCGGUAUGGAAAUACCACGAGCAAUGUUUCACCAUAAACUGCCCCAAGGUCCUCCCCCACCUCCUCCCCCACCUUCUUGUGCUCUUCAGAAAAAGCCAUUAACAUCAGAAAAGGAUCCACUUGGCAUACUUGACCCUAUUCCUAGCAAACCGGUGAAUCAGAAUCCCGUUAUCAUUAACCCAACUACUUUUCAUUCAAAUGUCCACUCUCAGGUACCCGUGAUGAAUGUAAGCAUGCCUCCUGCUGUCGUUCCUUUGCCAAGUAAUCUUCCUUUGCCAACUGUAAAACCUGGUCACAUGAACCACGGAAGUCAUGUUCAGAGAGUUCAGCAUUCUGCUUCAACUUCCCUCUCUCCUUCACCAGUGACGUCCCCAGUUCAUAUGAUGGGAUCCGGGAUCGGACGGAUCGAGGCUUCUCCCCAAAGAUCGCGUUCUUCUUCCACGUCAUCAGAUCAUGGAAAUUUCCUGCUGCCUCCAGUAGGACCACAGUCAUCCUGUAGUGGUAUUAAAGUUCCUCCCAGGUCCCCAAGGUCAACGAUAGGGUCACCGAGACCAUCUAUGCCAUCUAGCCCUUCCACCAAGCACGAUGGACUUAAUCAAUACAAGGACAUCCCUAACCCAUUAAUUGCUGGAAUGAGUAAUGUAUUAAAUCCUCCAAACAAUGCAGUUUUUUCUACUGCAUCGGCUGGAAGCGGUUCCUUGAAGAGUCAGCCUGGUUUGCUGGGAAUGCCUUUAAAUCAGAUCUUGAACCAGCACAACGCUGCCUCUUUUCCAGCAAGCAGUUUACUCUCAGCAGCAGCCAAAGCACAGCUAGCAAAUCAAAACAAACUUGCUGGUAACAACAAUAACAGCAGUAGCAAUUCUGGACCUGUUGCCAGCGGUGGCAACAACGAAGGACAUAGCACUUUAAAUACCAUGUUCCCUCCUGCCACCAAUGUGCUUCUUCCGACGACUGAAGGACAAAGUGGCCGAGCAGCACUGAGAGAUAAAUUGAUGUCUCAGCAAAAAGAUCCGCUGCGAAAGAGAAAGCAGCCGACCACCACGGUGUUGAGUUUGUUGAGACAGUCUCACUUGGACACUUCUGGAGUUUCCAAAGCCGGAUCGGAUUUGAUAAGAAAGCAAAGUCAAAGCUCCUUUCCCAUCAGUUCUAUGUCCCAGCUCCUUCAGUCCAUGAGUUGUCAGAGCUCUCACAUGAGCAGCAAUAGUACCACCAGUUGUGGGAGCUCCAGCACUGCUUUACCUUGCUCUGGUAACCAGAUGCAUUUUGCAGACCCCGGGAUGAGCUCUGGCGGUCUCCAGAACUCGCUGGCGCAGAGCUUACCCUUGCGAGGGGACGCGGUGCACUGCCAGAACACGAACACUAACUUUGUCCACGGUACUAGCCCGGGCACAACCAACCAUCUCGCAGGUUUAAUCAAUCAGAUGCAGGCUAGCGGGAACUGUGGGAUACUCAGUCAGGCGGGAAUGGCAUUAGGAAAUUCCUUGCAUCCGACCCCACCUCAGGCGAGAAUCCAGGCAUCCUCCACACCAGUGAUACCGAACAGCAUCGUUAGCAGCUGUAAUCAGACAAGUCCUGAAGCAGGGGGUUCAGGAUCGUCGUCGUCGAUAGCCAUAGCCGGCACCAGCCAACCUGCCAUCACAAAGACAACAUCUGUGCUUCAAGAUGGUGUUAUAGUCACUACUGCAGCUGCAAACCCGCUUCAGAGCCAGCUGCCCAUUGGGAGUGACUUUCCUUUUGCUGGCCACGAACACUCGCUUCAUUUUCCGCAGAACAGCUCUUCAAACAACAAUCUUCCACAUUCUUUGAAUCAAAACCUCCUCAAUUCUCUGCCUAUCUCUUUGCCAGUGAAUCAGCAACAUCUCCUAAACCAGAAUCUAUUAAAUAUACUCCAGCCUUCAGCAGGAGAAGGCAAGUCUGAGGUCAACCUCAACCCUUUAGGUUUUCUCAACCCGAAUGUAAAUGCUGCUUUAACUUUUCUCUCCAGUGACAUGGAUGGGCAGGUGUUACAGCCUGUUCAUUUUCAGCUUCUAGCAACCCUCCUUCAGAACCAAGCCCAAGCAGCUGCCAUGCUUCCCCUGCCAUCUUUCAAUCUGACCAUCUCAGAUUUGUUGCAGCAGCAAAAUAACCCUUUGCCCUCAGUAACGCAGAUGACAGCCCCACCUGACCAUUUGCCGAGCGCUCAGUCAGAAAGCAGCAGGGUGGAAACCCUUUUAACCAACCCCCUGGGCAACCCCAUGCCGGGCUUUUCGGGCGCUGACACUACUUCUAACCCCCUGCUCCUCCCCGCUGUCUCUGGGGCCUCAGCAUUAAUGGCCUUGAAUCCCCAGCUGGUGGGAGGUGUCCUCAACUCUGCAUCGGGCAACUCUGCUAAUCAUCCAGAGGUUUCCAUAGCCACCUCCUCCCAGGCAACCACUACCACAACCACUACAUCAUCAGCAGUGGCAGCACUGUCUGUCUCAACCCUGGGUGGUGGGACAGCAGUGGUGUCAAUGGCAGAAACAUUGCUGAACAUAUCUAAUAAUGCUGGGAAUGCAUCUGGUCCAGCUAAACUCAACAAUAACUCUGUGGUGCCACAGCUACUUAACCCUCUACUGGGGACAGGUCUGCUUGGUGAUGUGUCAUCUAUAAACGCUACUUUGAACAACCAUCAGCUGAGUCAUCUCCAGUCGCUGUUAAACAACAAUCAGAUGUUUCCUACAACUCAGCAGCAACAGCACCUUCUCCAGGGGUACCAGAACAUGCAAGGCUUUCAAGGGCAGCCCCCGAUUCCCGGCCCGGCUAACAACCCAAACCCAAUGGCAUGUCUGUUCCAGAACUUCCAGGUGAGAAUGCAGGAAGACGCUGCUGUCCUAAACAAAAGAAUGAUCACUCAAAUGGGAAUGGCGCCCGUUCCCGAGAGCUCCAACACUCUGCUUCCUCCUUUCCAAGAACCAUCUUGUGAUUUGCAGCAAAGAACUGAACCAUCUCUCGGACAACAGGCAAAGGACAACCUCAACGUCGCUGCUCAGGGUGAUACGUCGGUGGACGCGAUCUACAAAGCAGUGGUAGAUGCUGCAAGCAAAGGAAUGCAAGUGGUCAUCACCACUGCCGUUAGCAGUACAACACAAAUGAGUCCCAUUCCAGCUUUGAGUGCCAUGAGUGCCUUCACAGCCUCAAUCGGAGACCCGUUAAAUCUUUCUAGUGCUGUCAGUGCAGUAAUCCACGGAAGAAACAUUGCCGUUUCUGAUCACGAAGGUAGGGUAAGGAACACUAGAGGAACGCGAAUCCUGAAGAAUUCAGAGCACGGUAAAAGUUCAAGUGAAGGGGAUGGGUAUGAAUAUUACAAAUCAUCAAGUUGUAACACACCCAAAAAACAGUGGGAAGGGGAGCAAAGUCCUGUCAGUGAGCUAAAUAGGUGGAAAUGUGAGGAGUUUCUAGACCACUCUACCCAUAUCCAUAGUAGUCCUUGUCACGAGAGGCCCAAUAACAUCUCUGCAUUGCCACUGUUACAAGGCGAGCAGCAUCAGAUACUGUUAUCACAGCGGAACUGUCAAAGCGAUAAAAUGUUGGAGGAGAAUUUCAGGUAUAAUAAUUACAAAAGAACUAUGAUGAGUUUUAAGGAAAGACUGGAGAACACUGUGGAACGCUGUGCACACAUAAACGGGAAUAGGCCUCAGCAGAACAGAGGGUUUGGGGAGUUGCUGAACACUUCUAAACAAGACCUGAUUCUGGAAGAGCAAUCCCCAAGUUCCUCAAAUAGCUUGGAAAGUUCGUUGGUUAAAGACUAUAUCCAUUACAAUGGAGAUUUUAAUGCCAAAAGCAUUAACGGGUGUGUGCCUAGCCCUUCCGAUGCUAAAAGCAUCAGUAGUGAAGAUGACCUAAGGAACCCAGAUUCCCCUUCUUCAAACGAGCUGAUCCAUUACAGGCCGAGGACGUUUAAUGUUGGCGACUUGGUCUGGGGCCAAAUCAAAGGACUGACUUCAUGGCCUGGAAAACUAGUACGAGAAGAAGAGGUUCACAAUUCAUGUCAACAAAACGCUGAGGAGGGGAAGGUGGAGCCGGAGAAGUUGAAGACACUAACAGAAGGUCUAGAAGCGUACAACCGAGCCCGGAAAAGGAACAGAAAGAGCGGAAAGCUAAAUAACCAUUUAGAAGCUGCUAUACACGAGGCCAUGAGUGAACUAGACAAAAUGUCUGGGAACGUCCACCAAAUCCCCCAGGGAGACAGACAAGUGAAGCCUCCAAAGCUCAAGAGGAGGAAGAUCUCUAGAUAACAUUGAAUGUCUUUGUUACUGGUCCAGUACUUAUCACAGUGAACGUGCACAUAAGUCUGUGUGUAGGUAUUGAUAUAGACGUGGUUAUAUCAAUAUUUAUAUGAAGACGGAUCGAUAACCAUCGCAGGGUGCUACGCCGAGUAGUGGUACAAGAUUCUUGAUGAUUAGGAGGGAUAGCGGUCGCUGGAGAAGCGAAUCAGAAAUCACGAGAGGUUGCAGUAACAAUGUCAGAUGAUUACUGAAAUCUGUUUUUUUUCUAUAAUACUAAAAUUGUGAUUAUAAGAAAUAGUCCAAAUGUUUCUGAGAAAUUUUCAUUGUGUACAUAGAUAAUACAGAAUUUCAUGGUGAUAUCGGAAAUGUAAAUAUUGUACAAUAUUGUCAUGUACAAGCGUACCUAAUGCACACUUUAUCUUUUAUUGUACAAAAAAUAGUGUACAAAAUUCUUUGGUUUCUAUUGAGUACACAUACAAGAGACUACCAGUGUAAAGUGAUAAAUAAAAAUACAGCCUAAAUGCUUUUAUAUGAUAAUGUAAAAGAUGCUGUUUUUGUAUUUAACAGCAGAGAGAAGGCAUGAUUAUGUAAUUCCUUAAUUAUGACAUCCACUUCACGCCACUUGAGUGUUCAUCGAUGCUGUCUGUCUGGAAUGAACCUUGCCUGGAAGCGCUGUUCUCCGUCGCAGGGCUCUGUAGGAGAGCGUGCAACCUUGCAGAUUCCUAGCGGGAUGUGGGAUCACAGCUCUCAUUAAUUAAGUCAAAAAAAGGCUGCAACCAUCAGUUGCAUUUUUGAUUUACUUAACUUUUAAAGUAGAACGCCGUAGGUUUUAUUAAAAAGAAGAAAAAAGUAGAUGGCCUAUUUUAGUCACCCCUUUCUGUAGGUAAAGUUUCGUAUCCACCUGAUGAACUCAACAGUUUGCAUCCCCUGUAACGUCGACCCCUCUGAGCCCUUAGAUUCGUUAGCUUAAAUUAUCUUAUUAACGUCAUUAACCAUCGUGUUUCCUUUCCAGGGGGCAGAGGCCCUGCUUUAAUGAUGCGAUCGGUAUUGAUGCCGGUUUGGUUUUGCAGUAGAAUGGAAGGGCGUGCUCCGCAGCGUUCCUAAGAGCAAUUCCAGUAUCCAUCUCGCAGUAUUCAAACACAAAAUUAAGGGUGGCUUAACAAAACUAUUAGUGACAGUGAUUUUUUAUCAGUAUUAUGUAACAUAUCAGAUUUAUUUUAUUUAAGAAGAAUUAUUUAUACCAUUAACAGAUUCUUAUAUAUAUUAAUGUGGCUGAAAUGUGCAGGUUAAAUCUAUUAACCAAAUUAUUUAUGUUAUAUUAAGUGAGAAAUGUGAAACAUAUGUAGAAAAAAUUAAUACACUACAGAUUUAAAAGUCUAAAGCUAUGAGCCAUUAUAAAAUUAACGAACAGAAGUGUAGCACAACAUUCUUUCCAUUUGAUUUCAUCUUUCCUUUUUAACACAGAUGGUGGUGAUGGUGAGGGAAGCGGUGACAUCCUCUGUCUUCAAGGCUUCCCGAAAUAACCCACAGUUCACCAUUCCCGGUACCGGGGUGGAGUCCGUAUCUCCCACCCCUUUGUCCGGGACCACCGCUUACCUCAGAUUUCCUUUUUUUCCCACAAAAUUCCCAAGCCUCAGUCUCUCGCUAAGGACUGGCAGUGAUCAGCAUCCCGGGAAGCUGGCAGUGUCGCCGCUCUCCCGGCACUCGGCGCCAGGACCACGAGUCGUGGCUCCUCUUCCCAUCUGCCUUGCCCACGUCCCUAACUCCUCUCUCUGAAGGACAUGACCGAGACCAGCCGGCCCCGAGGACGACGGGACCCGGCGGCUUUCCCAGCCUCGGCUCUCACGUGCCAGAGCACGCAGCACUACCUCUAGGCUCGCCCCUGGCCUUCCUCGUGUCCUGCAGAACAACUCCCGCUCCUCCUUCCCCCCAAACCCGAGGGAUCGCAAUAGCCACACGGGGCCCGGAGGCGCGUCCUCCCGCAGGGUAGGUUCAUUUGUCUUGUCUGUAAGCACCGUCCUCCACGCCAGCUCAUGAGAAGGAAUCGAUUUCAUUCUCUUCUUUAAUAUUUUUGUUGGGGAGGGGGUACUUUGGCUCACGUUUUUCUGUUCCGAGUUGACGUUCAAGGAGUUGCUGUUGUCCGUUCUCCACGCUUCCCUGCCGUUUGUCCCCACCUGCGUGGGUUCGCGUGCGCGUGCGAGCGCCUGUCUCGAUUCCGUUCCUUUUCUCCCUUUGCUUUCUGUCCUAGAGCCGAGUUUGUAGCGCCCGCCCUUCCCUUGGCGCCCGCUCGGGUUAGGUUUGUGCUUCCUCACCGAUGUUUACUUUACAGCAGUAGGGCCACGUAAAGUUCUCUUUGUGCACUUGAUUUCCGUGGUUGGUGACGGCGUUGAUGUGGGUGCUAGGAGUAGUUUGUUUCAGUCCAUACCGACUUUUUUUUUUUUCCUCUUUUAGAGUUUUUAUGGUUUCGUGUAAGCAGUUAAAUGUAAAUAUUGUGAGCAUUACAGGUCAUGCGGUGUUGUAACAUUUUAAGAAAUGUUGCACCUACUUUAUGAUUAAAAAACUGGUCGCUCGUACUUGAAUUUUGCCCAUAGAGCCAUUUCUUUCUCUUUGCAUUAAAGCAUAAUAUACUUUUUUGAUGGAGGCCCAACCCUUCUUUCUACCUUUAUUAUUUUUUGUUUAAUAAAUCUCUAUUUUUUCUAAUAGAAGACUUAAAAAAAAAAAUGAAAAUUUAAAAAAAAGACUUUUUGCCUACUUUCUAAUUUAAGAGAGAAUUCCUAUAUUUAAAAGGUGAAAAGAAAGAAAGAAUACUCCAUUGUGGAAAGCGGAACAACGCUUUAGUUGUCGUUACUAUGGCGCAGUCAACUGAACCGGCCGAGCCAAGCGAGCCCAACGCCGUGGGAUCGGUGUCUCGGUAGAUUAGGGAACGCCGUUAUUCUUUUGAGGAUGUAAAAGCGUUGCGUAUUCUUGUCUAUUUAUUUAUUUAUUUAUUCUGCUCUCUUUUUGCAAAGUGGGUGACGAUGUGGUUGAGUCAUUCGGAUGACGUUCAAAUUAAAGGAAAUAUUCCUCUUUCUAUUAUGGUGCAUUUUGUGAACACCAUAAAAAAAAAAAAAUUCAUUUAUUUCAAUGGAUUUUCUUCCUAUUUUCGCUUCUGACAGAAAACGUUUGGCUGCAACAAUAAUUUCCACAUGGGUUAAAACAAAAAAAAAACAAAACCAACCCACCUCUGAUGUCCCGGGUCUGUUAUCCUCACAGUCUAAGGUUUGAGGGGUUAAAAAGAACUCAGCAUUUAAAGGUAUUUCCUAAAUGGGCUUUGCAGAAGGUUUCUCAGUGAUGUGAUACCCUUCGGAGUCCCGGGGUUUGUUGGUGUAGAGGUGUUAGAGGGCUCGCGGUGGACUGGAUUAUCUUAGGACUGCUGCCUUUCUUAGCUACGGUUUGUAUUUUGCUAUGUAGGGUUGUAAUGUGAGAAUUCCAGAAGAGCAGUAGCAGAAAAAGUGCUUUUCUAUUUUUAAAGACAAAAAAAAAAACCAAAAAAAAAACCAAACCCAUUCUAGUCUUACUAAGAAUUAGAGAUUUUUUUAAUAUCAGUUUUGUAAUUUUUGAUAAAGUUGUCAAUACU